AUGAACGCAUCCUUCCAGGACUAUGAUUUCUCGAAUACGAAGAGUGAUGCGUUCUCUCUCGUUCCAGAUUUCGAGACAUUGACUAAGCUGGUUGAUUCGCAACUUUCCGCUACAGUGACGAAUUAUUACGAAAUUAAGCGGGCACUUUGGGCGGAAGUCGACAAAGUUAUCAAGAUUAAUGAAUGCAAACUGUACAGUUACCGCACUGGCUACACCGGCGAUCCGUUCGGCGAGGAUGGCGUGAUGUGGUCAUUCACAUAUUUUUUUCAUAACAAAUCACUGAAGCGCAUUCUGUUCAUGUCCUGUCGUGCAUUUCGUGCAGAUCCAGCACAGAAUCUUUCAGCUGAACAGAUCUGGGGAGAUUCUUGUAAAAAAUCCUCUCUGGAAUGA